AUGCAUUUGCGCCAAAAUGGAAUAGACACAGAUUACACACAAUGGAUAUUUCAUGGUGAGUCACCGACUUUUCAAGAACAAAGUAAUAAUGGUUCUCAGGUUGAGUAUGAUGAUUCUGAUGAUGAUGAAAACUUAGAUGGAGUCGAUGAGUUCUUAAAUGAAUAUGGAAAUUUUGUCAACUUCAACUCACAGUUAAAUCCCAAUACUCAUAGUGGUGAAAUUGAUCAUUUUGAGAACAUGUUGAGAGAAGCAAAACAAGAAUUAUAUCCAGGUUGCACUAAAUUCUCAAAAUUAUCAUUAACUGUGAAGUUGCUUCAUUUGAAAGUGUAUAAUAAAUGGAGCAAUAAAUCAUUUGACAUGUUGCUUGAAUUGUUAAAAGAAUGCUUACCUGAUGGCAAUACACUUCCACAUUCUCACUAUGAGUCUAAGUCUAUGCUUUGUAACUUGGGAUUGGGAUACACAAAUAUUCAUGCAUGCAAAUAUGAUUGUGUGUUAUUUUGGAAGGAAUUAGAGACAAAUGAAUGUUGUCCUAUAUGUGGUACUUCUAGAUGGAAAGUCAAGGGUAGUAAAGGAAAAAAUAUUCCUCAUAAGAUACUAAGGUACUUUCCUCUAAAACCUAGGCUUCAAAGACUGUUUAUGUCAAAAAAAAUUGCAAAUGAUAUGAGGUGGCAUAAGGAAAGACGAAUUGAUGAUGAUGAGUACUUACGUCAUCCAGCUGAUUUUAAGGCUUGGAAAGAUUUUGAUAAAGAGUUUCCCUGGUUUGCUAAUGAUGCAAGAAAUGUUAGGCUUGGUUUAGCUUCUGAUGGAUUCAACCCAUUUGGAAAUAUGAGUAAUGCUUAUAGUAUGUGGCCAGUGAUAUUAAUUCCAUAUAAUUUACCACCAUGGAUGUGUAUGAAAGAGUCAUUUUUUAUGCUAACUCUACUUAUACCCAGGCCUAAAGCUCCUGGUAGAGACAUUGAUGUUUAUUUGCAACCAUUGAUUGACGAUCUUAUAGAAUUAUGGGAAGGAGGUGUGACAACGUAUGAUUCUUAUUCUUCAACAAAUUUUCAAUUGCAUGCUUCUAUUCUUUGGACUAUAAAUGAUUUUCCUACUUAUGGAAAUCUGUCUAGAUGGUCUACUAAAGGAUAUAUGAGAGCAGAUGGAUCAUAUGAGGUUCCACAUCCAUGUUACAUGCUUACAAGAAAUGAGAGAUUGAAAUUUGCCGAAUUUUUGGAGUCUGUUAAGUUUCCAGAUGGUUAUGCUUCUAAUAUCUCCAGAUGUGUGACAACUGAUGGAAAACUAAUAGGUUUAAAAAGUCAUGAUUGUCAUGUGUUAUUACAAAGAAUAUUACCUAUUGGAGUACGUGGAAUCUUGGGAAAAGAAGUUGCCACUGUGUUAUAUGAGUUAGGUGAUUUCUUUAGGCAGUUGUGUUGUAAGACCUUAAAGUUAACAGAUUUGGAGGCAAUGCGUGAUAAUAUUGUUAUCAUACUUUGUAAGUUGGAGAUGAUUUAUCCACCAGCCUUCUUUGAUGUCAUGGUAUAUCUAGCAAUUCACCUUCCACAAGAAGCUAUCCUUGGUGGGCCUGUUCAAUUUAGGUGGAUGUUUAUGAUUGAAAGGUUCUUGGGCUCACUUAAACAUUAUGUGAGAAAUAAAGCUCGUCCGGAAGGUUCAAUUGCGGAAGGUUAUGUUGCAAGUGAAUGUUUAACAUUUCUUUCUUUAUACCUUGAUGGAAUAGAAACUCGUUUCAACAAGCCAUAUAGAAAUAAUGAUGGGGAGGCAAUACCUAGUGAGUUGUCAAUUUUUUCACACAAUGUUCGUCCAUGUGGUGCUUGGAAAUAUGAAAAAUUGUCUAGGGAAGAACUUGAUAAUAUUCAAUGGUUUGCAUUGAGUAAUUGUGAUGAAGUUGGAAGAUAUAUGAAAGAACACAUUGAUUUACUUGAGAAGGAAAGUUUACUUAAUGUUAAUCAGAGGCAUAAAAAAGAAUUCCCAUUUUGGUUUAGAGAAAAGGUAUCACAAUUAUAUAUUGAAUCUGCAACUAAAGCCACAGAUGCAUUAUACUCAUUAGCUUGUGGGCCUCAAGUAUGUUCCCGAAAGUAUACGGCUUGCAUUGUCAAUGGAGUUAGAUUCCAUACAAAAGAUCGAGAUAGCCGUCACAAAACUCAAAAUAGUGGAAUUGUUGUGCAAGGAAAUCAUGGAGAUGAACUGAUUGAUUUUUAUGGAGUGCUAAAUGAAGUAAUUGAGUUGGAAUACAUAAAAGAUCAUCGUAUUGUUCUUUUCAAGUGUGAUUGGUUUGAUAUUGGAAAAAGGUCCUACAUCCAACAUGAUGUGGUUGAAGCAGAAAGAAAGGGGGAUGAUUUUAGAAUAUCAGAUGAUGAAGAUGAAACUCUUAUUGAAUAUAAUAGUACUGAUGAAGAUAUGAGUGAUGAUUCAUAUGAGAGUGAAGAUGAUUUAGAUGAAAGUGAAGAUUCUUGA